UGUCGUUCAGUUUUUCAGAUUGCAUUUGGUCGGCGAUUCGUGCGUAACAAUAUGUCGAUUUCAGCUUCGUUUAAGGAUCAGGAGAUCUUCGUGACCGGCGGCACGGGUUUCGUUGGGAAAGCGCUCAUCGAAAAACUCUUGCGUUCCUGUCCGGCGUUGGGUAAGAUCUAUGUGCUGCUGCGUCCGAAGAAAGGAGUCGCAAUCGAGCAGCGCUUGGAGGACGUGCUCAAUUCGAAGCUCUUCGACCGUUUGCGCCGCGAACAGCCUCAAACUAUAUCCAAAGUAGUGCCCAUUGCCGGAGACUGCAUGAAGCUGGGCCUGGGCAUUAGCGAAACGGAUCUGGCCAAGUUAACCAAUGUCAACGUGGUCUACCAUUCGGCUGCCUCGGUGCGCUUUGAUGAUCCUUUGGCCAAAGCCAUUUUGUUGAACACACGCGCCACUCACGAGCUGGUCAAGCUCGCUCUGCAAUGGAAACAGCUGAAGGCCUUCAUCCAUGUCUCCACAACCUAUUCGAAUCCCACGGUCAUCGAUGUCGAGGAGCGCAUCUAUCCACCUUAUGCGGACUGGCGUACAACCAUCAAGCUAGCCGAGACCUACGAUCAGCAAACUUUAGAUAUUUUCAAUUUGAAGUAUAGCAGCUUUCAGCCGAAUAGUUAUACCUUCACAAAGAGCCUGGCUGAGCACGUGGCCAAUGACUAUAGGGAUCGGCUGCCCAUUCUCAUAUUCAGGCCAUCAAUCGUCAUCUCCACGCUGGAGGAGCCCGUGCCGGGCUGGGCGGAUAAUUUCAAUGGACCCAUCGGAAUGUUGGUCGCUUGUGGCGUUGGCAUCUUACGCUCCCAGAAUUGCGAUCCCCACAUAGUGGCCGAUUUUGUGCCCGCCGAUGUGGUCGCACGGGCUCUGGUCAUAGCCGCCGCCAGCUACUUGAAGAAGCCGCCUGCUAAGGACCAGCCCAUCGACGUGGUCAACUGCGCCGUGUCCAAUAUUUCGCCCAUUUCCAUGGGCCAGGUAAUAGACAUUGGCAAGCGGUAUAUACGCCAGAAUCCGUUCGAGAAGACGCUCUGGCUGCCGGGUGGUGGCAUUACCACGUGUCCAGUGCUGCACUUUGUGAGGUUUAUAACAAUGCAUAUUAUGAUGGCCAUUGUGGUGGACACGUUGCUCCGCUUGUCCAACGAGAAGCCCUUCCUGUUGAAGCUGCAGCGUCGCAUCUUUGCCGCUUUUCAGGCGUUGAGGGUGUUCGCGGUUACCGAAUGGCACUUCUCGAAUGACAAUAUGAGAGCUUUGCAUGACCAUGUACCCAAAGAGGAACUUGCGACCUUUGGCUUCCUUCAGCAUGCGAAUAUCAACUAUGUGGACUUCUUUCAGAAUGGCAUACGCGGCGCCAAGGAGUUUUUGAUGAACGAAAGUCCCGAAAGUAGCAGCGGGGCGCGUUUUCGUAUGAAAGUCUUCUACGUUCUGGACUAUUUGUGUCGGGCCAUAGUGUAUGGAUUUUUGUUGCGACUGGUUUAUCGUUUGGCUGUGCGCGUUUUUAUGACAUAGAAAUUGCUAUAGAGU